AGUUCCAACCCCGGGAUCGCCGCGGAGCCCGCGCAGAGUCUGCAGAAGUGCACGGCUUUAUCGACAGCACUAGAAGCAUGGAGUCUCUUCGCGAGUGCAGUGAUAUGGGCUACCGCAGCCUGGCAGUCGGCGAGGACAUAGAGGAAGUGAAUGAUGAGAAACUUACCGUGACCUCGCUGAUGGCAAGGGGAGGAGAGGACGAGGAGAAUGCACGGUCCGAACCUGAGUACGGAGCAGAAGCAGAAAACAACGUUGGCACGGUGGGGUUCGUCCCCUCGGACGACCAAGACCGUGAGGGUGGCGGUGGCCACGAGCCGGAGCAACAGCAGGAGGAGCCGCCCCUGCCCGAGCCGGAGCAACAGCAGGAGGAGCCGCCCCUGCUCGAGCCGAAGCAAGAGCAGGAGGAGCCGCCCCAGGCAACCGUGGAAGGGCCACAGCCGGCGGAGGGGCCACAAACCGCUGAGGGGCCACAGCCCCCAGAGAGGAAACGCCGCCGCCGCACCGCGUUCACCCAGUUUCAGCUGCAGGAGCUGGAGAACUUUUUCGAUGAAGCUCAAUACCCCGACGUUGUGGCGCGAGAAAGACUUGCAGCACGCCUGAAUUUGACUGAAGACAGAGUGCAGGUUUGGUUUCAGAACAGAAGAGCCAAGUGGAAACGAAAUCAGAGGGUGCUCAUGUUGAGAAACAUUGCUGCCGCCGCCCUGGCCCGCCCUGCGGAGGUGUUCUUGGGUGGCCCCUAUAAUGCCACUCCUUCUCUGGAUCCUGCUUUGUGUGUUCAUCUGGCGCCACAACUACCAAGACCACCUAUGCCACCCAGGCCACCCAUGGUCCCUAUGCAACCCAGGCCACCCAUGGCACCUGUGCCACCCAGGCCACCCGUGGUCCCUAUGCAACCCAGGCCACCCAUGGUGCGUAUGCCACCCAGGCCACCCAUGGCACCUGUGCCACCCGGGCCACGCAUGGUGCCUAUGCCACCCAGGCCACCCAUGGCACCUGUGCCACCCAGGCCACCUAUGGCACCUAUGCCACCCAGGCCACUUGUGCCUCGUAUUGGCCUGGCUCCUGUACGCAUCACAUGGGCCCCUGUCAUCAAUAGUUAUUAUGCAGGUCCCUUUUUCUAAAGUAAGGUCUUCAUGACAGUUUUUCCAAAGUUCUUUCCUGCCAGAUAGAAAUUGUGCACAGCACAGCAUCAAGUAAUUCGUUAGAUACUUGUUAAAUGAAAUGGAUAGAUGAACAAAGUUGACGAAUGCCCUGUUAUUUUUGUAGGCCACAUGUUAGUAUUUUCAAUAAAGAUGUGACUU